GCUCGUCAAAGAAACGUCAGUCUUCCAAGAGAGGCAAAAGGCCGCUAUCUUCAAGUAACAUUCCAGCUCCAAAAUACCCAAGGCUCUUGAAAGAUGAAGGUAAGGUUUGUUUUUGUUCAAGUUCGAAUAAGGGUUAGUUGUUUCUUUUUAUGUAUAUUGUAUAUGUACAUCCAUCUUAGUGGGGAAGAUGUCGUUCAGUCAGCGAUACAGGCGGCUGGUAAUUAAAAUUCAAGUGCUCCCCGAAUAGGAGUCGAACUUAUGAGGUUCUGGUUACUGGUCCAGAUACUCUACCACUGAGCUACAGGAGACUGGUAGGAACUAAGGCCACUAAACUUGGUUCACGUGACAAACAUCCUGUACACUGCUCUGAGGACUAUAGGACUAGUAUCACACACUGCAUCGUAAGUAACACAAAAUGGAUGAUUUUGUGUUCAUUGAUUGAGGCUUUAUUAUGCCCGCUCACUCUGCUUCAGGUUUGAAGUUUGGCACUCACGAGGCUUGAGUCGCUGUCACUCGUGCUUGGAGCAAAUUGUACGCUUUUCACGUCUGACACGCUCUCCCAAUUUCGAACAACCUUAAUAACACCCUCAAGCUUCAACCUGAAGAGUUAAGAAUUUUUGAUUUUGAAGAGUUUAGAACCUAACCUUUUUGGUUGUUUGUUUGUUUUUUUUUGCGUCACUAAGAGACUGCGAAGAGCAAAAAUAUUUCGUUUUCGUUUAUUUGCUUGUUCUCAGUAAAGGACUUUUCCAUCUGAAGUUUAUUAACUCUUUCGAGACUGAAAAAGAACCGUUUUUGAGAUUUAUUACGUUAACCUACAUGUAAACACAUUAAAGGAACACCAAUAAGAGCCGAAUCAUUAAAGUGACAGAAUUUUCAGAGAAAGUAUUCUUCAUGUAAUUGUGGCAGCUGCUUAGAAUUGAUUUCACCGCAAAGUGUCAAAGAAGAUAGUUUCUCCGUGGCGCUCUAUCAGUGGGGAAAUGAAACACAGGUGUUUGGUUUAAUCAGAAUAUGAGUGUAAAAACAGUUUGAGCCCCAGCUCCAGGGCGCCAAUUGUCCAAUAGUUACUAUUCCUUAUUCAACAUUGUCUUGUGAAGCCUAUUUGUGCAUAGCAAGAAACAUGAAGAAAGGGAAAAUGUUAAAGGACGACAGUAAAGAUUUCAAAGAAGCAUUAUUUAUUCUAAAUUAUUUACUUAAAAGUACGCUGACGAUAAAGAGAAAUUUCGGGCAUUCUACUGAUCAAAAUAAUGAGAGGACACAUUUUACAAAUUAACACGUUGUUAGUGUGAAAUCCUGACCAUUAUUUUCCGGUCUUCUUGUUUCCAGCAGGUUGGUUCAUCUCAGUUGUUGUGAAGUUUCUCAAAGCUGAAUACAAAAGGCGCUCUCAUUUAAGACCACUUUUCUGGGAUAGCACUUUUGAGUUACCCCUGGAUGACGUCUACACGAGACUUAAAAUUGUCUCAAGGCGAAAAGCAGACUUCCGGGUAGAAGACAAAGAGGUGAAUGUGUUCGACAUCUUCACAGCUCUUGACAAAGGUGAGGAUGUUAUGACGCUAGUAGAGGGAAGUCCAGGAAUCGGUAAAACUACGUUUUGCCUUACACUUGCUUAUGACUGGGCACAUGGGAAAAUCCCAGCGGAAUGUUCUUUUCCCAAAUUCGAGCUGAUGUUGCUUUUGAAAUGUCGAGAUAUACAUAAAGAUAUAAUGGAAACCAUCAGUGAACAACUGUUGCCAGAAGAUACUGAGGAGAGGACCAAAGAGAGGCUGUUUGACUUCAUUAAGGACAUUCAUAACCAGGAGAAAACUUUAAUCGUUUUGGACGGUUUGGAUGAGCUUCCCCAAGGAUCGGAACAAUUUGUUGAUAAACUGCUUCAAAGAAGAAUUUUGUCAUUUUGUUAUGUAUUGGCUACCUCCCGACAAGAGAGGGGAAUUGAUGUACGACGAAAAUAUUGCUUUGAUAUCCUUUUGGAGAUUAAAGGAUUCAUGGAAAGUGAUGCUUUUGAGUAUAUCAGAAAACAUUUUCAAAAUGUUGAUCCUAAAUUUGCAUUCACCAAAGGGAGAAAGUCUCAUUAAGGAAAUUCAAGAAAACACUCUGUUACAUGCCCUGCGAAAUAAUCCGCUUAAUUUACUUCUUCUUUGUGUUAUUUAUGAGGACUAUGAGGGGAAUUUGCCAUCUUCCCGUUCUGAGCUUUACCAAGUUAUUGUACUGUGCCUUUUAAGGAGACAUUGCGCUAAACACAAUCUGGAGGCUCCUCAAGACAACAACGCUUUAGAGAAGCAAUUUGAAGAAAGUAUUCUUGCACUUGGAGAACUAGCUUGGAUGUGUCUGCUGAGUGAUCGCUAUUGCUUUCGCGAAAGUGAAUUAGCUGAGCUUGAAAAAAGAUACAAAGGAUUAGUUUCCCGUCACGUAGGCCUUGUGUACAAGGAGGAAAGUUUGAGGAAGAUAAAGCCUCAACAUGAGUACUACUUUCUUCACAAGACCUUCCAAGAGUACCUUGCGGCCGUCUUUAUUGCUCACAAGUUGCGAGGAAAUGAGUUAAGGUUGUUUGAGCGUCUAAGGUUUCAUGAACUGGUGAAAAAGUAUCGGGAAGUGUUUCUUUUUGUUUCCGGUAUACUUGGGAGAGAUGCAAACAUUCUAUUCACACAGAUUGGCGAGGAGCUGAAAAACAAUGGAGAAUGGGACUGGGUCACUUGCACAGAGUCUGGAGAAGCGACGAUAGAUGACCGAGAGAGUGAAGAUGAGUGUUACGGCAUUGACAGCGAGGAUGGGGACGAGGACGAGGACGAGGAUGAGGAUGAUGAUGAGGAUGAUUACGAGGACCAGGAUGUUGUUGAGGACGAAGGCUGGGAAGCAGCAACUUUCCUUACGAAAAGCUUCAGUGAAAGUGGACAUGCUGAAAAAAUGGCAGAGACUCUUUGUUCCUACAUACCCUUUCCUCUGCAUGUUAAGAUUGAGCUUGGCAAUGACAAGAUUAGCAACAUAUGGCACGUUUUAGAGGCUUGCAAAACCUUUUCAAACCUUCAGAAGCCAGUUCGGCUUACUGUUUAUGAUUCAUAUGAAGAUGGUUUCAGCUAUGAGAUUUUUGCAGAGUCUAUACAAUCCUGCUCACAGCUUCAGACUCUUACCAUUUUCACCCCAGCGAUGAAACCAGAUCUACAUGUAGCGAAAGCCCUACACAAGGGCUUAUCUAGAAACACGACUUUAUCAGAGUUUACUCUACAAGUGAGUGACAGUAUCCCUUAUGAUGCAGCAGUUGCCAUCGGUGAAUUGUUAGCUGCACGCAAAGUCUUGAGCAAAGUAACGUUUCAACUUGACAGAGUGUGGGGUAAGAAUUGGACGAGUGCUAUUGAACCUGCUUUGUCUGGGGACACUCCUGUGAAAUCUGUGGACCUCCAGGUUCGAGGAUCAUUGAGUGAUACUGCGGUGUAUGGUUUAGGAAAGCUUUUAUCAAAUAAAGCUUUGGUCUCAUUUUCCCUUAAUAUCUCUGGAGAUGUGCUAGAAUUUGUAGCUGCCGUCAUUAGCAGAGGAAUUGCACAACAAACUGCACUCAAGGCAUUGGCUUUUAUUGUUGACGGCAACCUUAGUCUCUCUAGUGUGACUGCUCUUCAAAACAGUCUUCUAGAAAAUCGUUCUUUAAGUGAUUUAGCAUUGACUCUUCGUGGAGAGAUUCCUGGCAACUGGCAGUCUGUUGUGGAAAAGCUUCGUUCAGUAAAGAAGGGGUCACUUAACUGUACUUUUUAUCCAGACCCAGGCAGCAGUGUUAAAUGUAAUCAAGUGGCGCAUUUUUGUCCUGCUGUGGUCGAGAAGGGGCUAGAAACAAAACAACACUUUACGGUAAAUCUUUGGGGAGAGCUGAAGUGUAGUGGAGCAGAAGAUUUAUGCGUGUCCCCCUGACAAGCCUGACUUUGAAAGUACAUGGAAAUUUAAGUGAUGGUGUUGCUAAUAUUAUUAAAAGAUACCUAGGACGACAAAAUACACUGUCCUCCCUAACAAUCGAUAUUUGGGGAGAGUUGGCCCCGGGGACAGGAACCCUACUUCAGGAACUAUCAGAUAAAAACGUAACUGUUCAAGUAAAAGAGCAUGGCGUCUCUGUUGUUCCUAAGGAAGCGUGUAAUGCUCUUGAUGUCUGUAUCAACAAUGCUGCGUCGCUGACACCAAUGUUCUCUGAAGUUAGGAAUACCAGGAAGGAGAGGAUCACUCUUAAAAUAAUUAACGACGAUAAAGUAAUUAGUGACUGGCCACGUCUGCUAGGUGAUGCUUUGGCGGAAAGCACAUCGCUAACCACGCUGGAUCUUACAGUGAGCAACUACACAAUGAAUCCAGGAAUUUGGAAAUACCUCGGGGAUAGUUUGCUGCGGAGUUCUUCAUUAACAGUCUUAAGUCUUACAAUCAGCAACUACAGUAACAUGGCAGAAGGCUGGGAAUGUACGCUGGUCAACAGCUUGGCUAAAAUGGCGUCAUUAACUACCCUUAGUCUCUCAAUUGACGAUCGUGGCGGAGGGGUGAAAUUUGGAGAAGAUUUGAUGGUGGUGAAGUCCUUGUCUACACUUUCCGUCGUAAUCAACGGUAGUAAGUUAACUGACUUUUGGGGUAAAUUUCUGAGAAAAUGUUUGGAUGAAUGCAAUUCACUAACAAAACUCUGCCUUACAAGCAACGACUACACAGAUAGCCCUUACGAUGCCACCCUCUUGAUCGAUUCAAUAGAAAAACCUGUGAGUUGGCAAGAAGGUCUCGCGUUUGGACUGGCAUAUACCUCAUCUUUAAAGGAGCUGGUCAUUACGAUUAACCACAUCACCCGUACUUAUGUUGACUUGGAAGCGAUUUUCAUUGGACCACUCUCAGUGAACAAUUCAAUAGCGUCCCUCACUGUGACAGUCAGUGAUUACCAACUCUCGAGCUGUGCAUUGUGGGUAGGCUCUCUGAAAAGUUUUAUAGCGGAAAACAAGUCGCUAACUACACUCACUCUGACACUAAAUGACUACAGUUAUGGUAAACAGCAUGACUGGCUUUAUCCAGGUAGACGUGAUGGUAAUUUUCCAGAAAACACCUCAUUAACUGAACUCAAUCUGACAGUCAACAUCUGUUGUGAAGGAAGUGAAGACUGGUUACCAAGUUUGUGUGACUAUUUAAUGAUGAGUUGCUCCUCCCUGAAAACAGUGAGACUGCAAGUCAACAACCAUUGCGCUACAGGCAAUAGUCGUUUAUAUGACUUAAGCAAACUUCAGUUAAAAUACCGAUCAUUAUCCACAUUUGAACUCUCUGUGACUUUCUAUGGAGAGUAA